AUGGCAGAAUUUGCAAAAGAUUUAUUAACUAGUAAAGAUAUACAAAAACAGUGUAAUGAUUGGAUUGAAUCACAAAAAAAUUUUACAUAUACUGAUGAAAUACAAUUUAAAAAACAAAUAGAUGACAAUGAUAGUUAUAAUACUGAUUCUGAAUUUGAUUCCGUAUCAGAAAAUGGUGCAAAAAGAAGAAGAGUUGGUUUACCAGUAAAACGUGAAGUUUAUCAUCUUUCUUGUGAAUGGAUCAGCUGCAAAUAUGAAGCCAAUCAUGUUGAGAAAUUUAUAAAUCACGUGGCCACGCAUGUGUCAGAUUUAAAUACGCGGAUUAAUGAAAAAGACAUUAAUGUUUAUAUAUGUCAAUGGAGCGGUUGUUUAUAUGAAAGUAAUGAUCCUGAUGAGAUUUCUAGGCAUGUUAAUUAUCAUGCUUAUCAUACUAAAUUAAAAUGUAUUGGAUCAAAUAUUCGUACUAGAAUCAAAUUACCUAAAUGUUGUAGAGAUUCUGAAUGGAAAAAUGUUGUGGAUCUUCCAGCACCACUUCUUUGUCGCUGGGAAGAAUGUUUGAAAUAUUUUAGAAAUUAUCAAUUAUAUUUAUAUCAUGUAGCUGCUCAUAUUCAAGAAGGUCCAAGAGGUAACAAAGUUGAAGGAGGUUUAGAAUGCAAAUGGACAGGUUGUAGCAAUUUAUAUCCUAAUUUAUACAAAUUGAGAGAUCAUAUACGACAUCAUACAAAGGAAAAAAUUGUUGCUUGCCCUGAUUGUGGUGCUACUUUUGCUUCUAAUACAAAAUUUCAUGUACAUUGCAAACGACAAAUUCCAAUUGAUGUUCAAGGAUUCCAGUGUUCUCAUUGUAAUAAAUUUUAUCCCACUGAAGGAAUUUUGAGAGAUCACAUGCAAAUGCAUGUUUUUAAUUACAAAUGUAGUCUUUGUGAUAUGAGUUGUGAAUCACCAGCUAGUUUAGCUAAACAUGUUAGAUAUCGACAUGUUUCUACCAGAAGUUUUCCUUGUCAACUUUGCAAUCAUGCUGCUAAAUCUCAGCAAGAUUUAGAUUCACACAUGACAGUUCACACAAAUGGACCUAAUUUUUCAUGUCAUUUUGAAGGAUGUUUAUAUAAAUGCAAGGGUGCAUAUACUCUUGAUAGGCAUAUUGAACGAGUUCAUAGUAUGCAAGUGCGAUGGUAUUGCUGUCAUGAAUGUCCAAUAAAAUAUAGAAAAAGCUAUAGAUUAACAAAACAUUUAAUUGAAACACAUCAAUUACAAUUACCUAGUGGUCAUACAAGAUUUCAAUAUACUCAUGAUAAAGAUGGAUGUUACAGACUACAAAUGGUUAGAUAUGAAGCUGUUGAAGAAGAGUUAAAUCCUUCUAUCAAUCAAUUAAAAAUACAAAAUAAAAAAUUUAAAAUUAAAUUAAAUAAAGAUUCUAAUGUACCGCAAAUUGAGAUUUUUGAAGAUUUGAAUGAAACUGAAACAAAAGAUGAAGAAAAUGAAACAGAAGAAAAAUCAAAGGAAGAAAAUAAUGAAGGAAAAUCUAUGCCUGUCAUUUCAAAUAUUUUGAUAACGAUUGAUGAAACUGAUGCAGAAGGAAAUAUAAUUAGAAGUCGAGUUGUUGAAGCGCAAGAAACUAUGGAAUUACCACCUUCUGAUGGACCACCAUUAAUUCUAACAUAAAAUUUUUUUAAUAAAAUUUAAUAGUAUAUCAUACAUCUUUAU